AAAACUUGCCUCCUCCAAAUUUUCAACUAUCUUGAAAAUGUUGUCGUCGCGCACAUCGUCCAUCAUCUUGAUCCUUGCAAUCCUCGUCGCCAUUAUGGCCGUCGCCCAGUGCAGGAACAUCCAAUAUGACGUUGAAGAAAUGACACCAGAAGCCGCAUUCCGUUAUGCUCAAUGGGGAGAGAUUCCACACAAACGUGUCCCAUCGGCCGGUGAUAUGAUGGUUCGAUUUGGAAAAAGAAGCAUCUGAUAAUAUACCAUCUACCGGACUUCUUAUUUCAUCACACAAAACUUGAUAGCUUUUUACCUUGGACUUCUACUCUAUUUCCACCCCAAAAAUGUUGAAAAAUUUAUUUUCUCUCUUUUUUCUUUGGUAUUUUGUUCUGAGAGUUAUCUUUCAAAUGAUGCGCGACAAAUAAAUAACAGAAAUAAACCGUUUUGUGUGUGUU